CUCAUCGACUUGCGUGUUGAUGAAAAUUUCCGAUCCAGCCAAAAGCCCGGCUUUAGCAAUUUCGAAAUUAACUCACCGUUUCUCCUAUUUGCGUUGCCACUCCUUUAUGGGUUCUUCCGAACAUGUGAUACAAAGCGAUUGUAAUAUUCAUGAUAGGGUUUCAAAAAAGAGUCCUUUUCAAAAACGAUAUCAGAUGUUUGAGCAACUCGUGUUUGUGGCAACUGCUGUAGAGAAGGAUCUUUUUCAGUUGACAUCCUAUACUUUGUCUACAGACAAUCUUAAAACUUGCAUUCAAAAAAGUGUACAAGGAGAAUAUUGCAAUAAGCAAAUGAGUUUCUAUGAAAAGAAUAAUACGCAAAACUCCUCUCCUAUUUUGAAUGUAACCCAUAUAGCAACUGAACGACCUGAAGCAAAGAAGACUGAUACGAAUAAUGAAAUUGCUCAUAUUCACGUCACCAAAAGAAAACUGAAAUGCAAGCAUAAUUAUUUGAAGAAGACCAAGAUAGCUCCUGACGAAAGCCCACACAACUUUGUCUAUGUAACCAAAGCAAUAAGAGUAAAAUAUCGUACAAACUCAGCAUCUAAACCUCAGGUUCGAUCCAUUAUGAAAUACAGAUUUUGAUUCAAAGUAGUCUAUUUUCGGAGAAACAUUUUGUGAAUUGGGAAUAUUACAAUUUUGAAGUUUAGGCAUCGGCGAAAAAGAGUGUUGUGCGUAGAAACUUUUCAGACUCAAAGCUAUUUAUCUAUCUUAUUUCCAAGUGAAAGUUGACAAGUGUAUGUUUUAUGCACGACAUUCACAUUUUUUGGAUAAAAUUUCGAUUUGUUUACAAUUGGAUAAAUAGUCUUAACAAUAACUUGUCACAAUAGCUUUCACCGUUAUAUAUCUAUCUAAUAUAUCGAGCUGGAAUGAGUUGAAUACAUUUCCUCAGUAGCCAUGAUACAAAUGUUUGAGACGUAGUCGUUUGAUGACUGUACCACAAAAUAUACACAAGAAGCAAGCAACUUGUACAUUUGCCAAGAGUAAACCAAAACUUUUUCGA